AUGUCAGUUCCUAAUGUCGAAGCAAGCAAUGUUGCAACACACAUAGAAGAAUCGAAUGGUAAUCCAGCAAACACAAUCUACGUCGGCAAUCUUGAUCCUAGAGUAACCGAAAGCAUGUUGCACGAGAUAUUUGCCACGGUUGGGCCAGUAGUCAAUGUUAAAAUUAUCACUGUUAGAAAACAUAAUGCAUAUGGUAGCGUCAAUUAUGCGUUUGUCGAAUUUGCAGACCCUAGAGCAGCUGAACAGGCUAUUUCAGAUAUGAGCGGAAGGAAGAUAUUCAAUUAUGAAAUCAGAGCAAACUGGGCACAGCAAUCUAAUAACAGCAAUAUGAAUGAUGAUAUCAACAAUCAUUUCCAUGUAUUUAUUGGUGAUAUUGCACCUGAAAUCACGGAUGAUGCACUCACUCAAGCGUUCUCUGUUUUCGGUUCCAUGUCUGAGGCACAUGUAAUGUGGGACCCUGUUUCUCGCAAGUCAAGAGGAUUUGGUUUUGUAGCUUUCAGAGACAAAUCAGACGCAGAGCAAGCUAUUGCUACAAUGAACGGCGAAUGGUUGGGAUCAAGACCAAUCCGUUGUAAUUGGGCUACACAAAAAGGUCAAACAGCCACUCCUGCUCCUCAACCAGGACAGCAGCUACCAUUUGAGGUUGUGGUACAACAAACACCCGCAUAUGUGACAAGUAUUUACGUUGGAAAUUUGCCUCCAAAUGUUGACCAGGUCUCCUUACUACAACCAUUUCAGCGAUUCGGUUAUGUACAGGAAGUAAAAAUACAAGCAGACAAAGGUUUUGCGUUUGUAAAAAUGGAUACACAUGAAAAUGCUGCUAGUGCAAUUGUGCAUUUACAAGGCCUAAGUAUAAAUGGGAAUUCCGCUAAACUGUCAUGGGGCAAAGAUCGUCCGCCACCUGGAUGGAUUUCAGGAUAUCAUCAUCACCGUCUUCCUCACCACCAUCAACAGCAGCAAAACUGGUAUAACCCGCAGAUGCAAUAUGAUGGUAGACAUCGGAAUAACAACCAAAAUUCAACUACAUUUGGCGUUAAUGCACAUCAAACAAACAGUUAUGGUUUCCAGCAUAAUGCUGCUUUUUCGAAUAUUCCAAGCUUCGAUGCUCACAGCGGCCCAAAUACUGCUGCUGCUCACGCUGCUCAAUGGAAUCAGCCAGCUACUCUUGCCGCACAACAACAACAAAAGCAGUUUUACGAACAAUAUCCGCACGCUUAA